UUCAAAUACAAGAUCAACCCUCCUAAAGACAAGCUCACGAUACAUCGCCCAGAGGGUGGUGUCAGACCCAAACAGCCAAAUUUCCCUAUUUCGGCUUUCCCUUACUUGCGCGCAGUAAGAGGCUUGGAGGGCGACGAGGAGGAACAAGAACCACUUGAGCCCCCUCGUAUACUCGAGGAUCCCGCCGGCCGCAGGUACGAAAAAAGAAGUCUCGCAUGAGUGCUUUUGGUGGGCGCCGCAAGAAUUCGGCCUUGGGUUCAAAGGGUGAUCUGAAUCAAAUAGCUCUUGACGCAGCCGCCAAGAAGAGGAAGUAUAUCGAACAGCAGCAGAGGAUUCUGGAAAAGUAUUUGCAAGAGAUGGUUCGUUGGCUCAUGUUCCGGGCAGACAGCAACCGACUCUGUCGAUUCUUGGAGCUUUCUGCUCUUGGAGUCCGCCUUGCUGCCGAGGGAAGCUAUCACGGAAAGGAGUGUUACCUCCACAUUCAGUCCUCCAAAGGGCUCGAUUUCCGGAGGGUCCUGACACCGGGCAAGGUUAUUGCUAGGCACAGCAAGAAGUGGUUCCUUGUUCGUCAGAGUUAUAUCGUUUGUGUCGAAUCGCCGGAGAACAUGAACAUCUACGACGUUUAUCUCGUCGACCCCAAGUUCAAGAUUGUUUCUAAGAAGGACAAGAACAAACACCUCACCGCAAACGGCAAUGAAGGCGAGGAGGAUCUCGAGAAUUUCGACCCAACCACGGCCAAGAAGUCUAAGUCCUCCAAUCACCAUACCCUGAAGAUCAUGACAUCUGAGAGGAAGAUCAAGCUGUUCUCCUCUAGCCAGCAUCUAAUACAGCAGUUCGAGGAAUCCAUUCUGGAGAUGCUCAAAAGUACACCAUGGCAUCAGCAGAAUCGCUUUGGAAGCUAUGCGCCUGUUCGAACUGGCGUAUUCGCCCAAUGGCUUGUCGACGGUCGAGACUACAUGUGGAACGUCUCAAGAGCCAUCAGUAUGGCCAAGGAUGUUAUCUACAUUCACGACUGGUGGCUGAGCCCAGAACUGUACAUGAGGCGACCCGCUUGUAUUAGUCAAAAAUGGCGUCUCGAUCGUCUACUCCAGAGAAAGGCACAGGAAGGUGUCAAGAUUUUCGUCAUUGUCUACCGAAAUGUCGAAGCCGCAGUUCCGAUCGACUCGGAGUACACCAAGUUUUCCCUAUUGAACCUCCACCCUAACAUCUUUGUUCAAAGAUCACCUAACCAGUUCAAGAAGAAUCAGUUCUUCUUCGCUCACCACGAAAAGCUGGUUAUUGUCGACCACGACAUCGCAUUUGUCGGCGGUAUAGAUCUGUGUUUCGGUCGAUGGGACACACCGCAGCAUCCAGUGACCGAUGACAAACCCACCGGAUUCGAGCCUGAUUCGUACAAUCUGCCCAAGGAUGCAGAGCAUUGCCAAAUGUUCCCAGGAAAGGACUACUCAAAUCCUCGUGUCCAGGACUUCGUCAGGCUCCAUGAGCCAUAUGAGGAGAUGUAUGACCGGUCCAAGGUUCCCAGAAUGCCGUGGCAUGAUAUCGCCAUGCAGGUUGUUGGUCAGCCAGCCAGAGAUCUGACCCGCCACUUCGUUCAGAGGUGGAAUUAUGUGAGACGUGGCCGGAAGCCCACGAGGCCUACACCAUUCUUGCUGCCACCUCCUGAUUGCAGCGCAGAGGAACUUGAGGCCGCAGGUUUGAAUGGAACCUGCGAGGUGCAAAUGCUCCGUUCAGCAUCGACCUGGUCGAUUGGUAUCGACGAGACCGAACACAGCAUCCAGUCAGCAUAUGUCAAGAUGAUUGAGGAGUCUGACCACUUUGUCUACAUGGAGAACCAGUUCUUCGUAACCAGCACGGAAACACUGAACGUGAAAAUCGUCAAUCGUAUCGGCGAUGCUCUGGUUGAGCGCGCUAUCCGUGCGCACGAAAAGGGCGAGGACUGGCGCGCGGUCAUUAUCAUCCCUUUGAUGCCAGGCUUCCAAAACGAGGUCAAUGAUCAAGACGGAACCAGUGUGCGUCUGAUUCUGCAGUGUCAGUAUCGGAGUAUCUGCCGCGGAGAACAUUCCAUCUUUGGCCGUCUUAGGGCUGCUGGCAUUAACCCGGAGGACUACGUCCAGUUCUUCAGUCUGCGUCAAUGGGGUAAACUUAAGAACAACACCCUGACGACCGAACAACUCUACAUCCAUGCCAAGUGUAUCAUUGUCGAUGACCGUAUUGCCUUGAUCGGAUCAGCCAACAUCAAUGAGCGGUCUAUGCUUGGCAAUCGUGAUUCGGAAUGUGCGGCGGUUGUUCGUGACACUGACAUGAUUUGGUCCACCAUGGGUGGGAAGCCUUACCAGGUUGGCCGUUUUGCUCACACCCUGCGUCUCCGACUGAUGAGGGAACACUUGGGCUUGGAUGUCGAUGAGAUUCAAGAGGAAGAACGUCAAGCAGAGCUUGACGAGGCCGAAGCAAGAGCUGAGAUGGAACAGCGCACGGAACACCACAUGGAGCAUCCGAACUUGGAACAUCGCGACUUCAAUGACGACUCAGAAGAUUCCAUGGUCCCUGAGAGCUCGUCCAGGAGACGGAGGUCAUCGCAUAUGUCGUCUCAUAUACUACCGAGCACGCCGCCGCCGCCGCAACUCCCUCGUCAUAGAGCGCAUAGUUUCAAUCAUGACGUUGAGAUGCAGGAACUCCCAAGGCCGGACUCCAAGGGCAAAUCUGUUGCCGGCAGAGAAGGGCAUGGGCAUGGGCAUGUUGAUGAGAGGCACAGAAGGGACGUGGAAGGACUGGGACCUGAUCAUUGGAAGCUUGCGCAAAUGCAAGGUACCGAUGAGGGCAGAGACUCUGUCGUAGUGAAUGGCCGUGAAGUGCUGGUCCACGAUAUCGCUGCGGAGGGCAGAGGUACUCUCGACAGCCCGCAUGAGCCCCACGAGCUUCACAUUCGGCCUCACGAUGCUGCCUCUCUUUCUGGAAGCAUCGGCAACGAGUAUAUGCCGCCAAUGCCGCCGUUUAAUAGACGGACUACGGAGCAACUUGGUCUUCCCAGAGCCAACCAAUUGCCUGUCUUGCCUGUUGUGGACGAUACUGACAUUGGUGGACCGCCUGUUCAGAUCACAGAAAAUGGGACUCUGUCUCACAGCCAGAUCGCCAUGAACAUCGAGCUCGCCAACAUUGACAAAGACUGCAUGCGUGAUCCUCUCAAUCCAAACUUCUAUGAUGAUGUUUGGUCUCGCGUCGCUGAGAAUAACACCAAGAUUUUCCGCCGCGUCUUCCACACCAUGCCAGAUUCUGCCGUAACGAACUGGGCCGAGUACAAGGAGUUCAAGGCUAACGAGCGGGAGUUCAAGAAGCAGUUCGAAGGUGGCAAGACGAGCGAGGAAGUCAAUGAGAAAAACGGAGUGGCUGCUGAGCAUGCGCAGACCAGUGCCGGGGCCGGUAUCGGCGCACCUGGUCCAGCUCAGCUCACCAAGAGCUUGACGGAGAAGCUGGUCACUCCUGUCUCCAAGCUUAGCGGCGGUGGUGACAUGGGCGCUCGGGAACGCACCGGGUCAACCACUACCUUGGACGAGAAUGGAGCCACGAAGGACCACGCCCGCAAGGCUCAGACCUUUCCACUCGACGCUGAGAAGGUCGCGAUGUUGGCGGCAUCGCAGAACAGCGGCGAACGCCCGCCCACAGCAACGCCCAAAGACAGCGCUGAUUCGAACCACAACGACACCAGCGGUGGCUCCACCACAACCAUGGCCGACAACAGCAACGCGAUCCCCAACACCAACGGCAGCGCCGCCGCAGUGUCCUCCGAUAACACAGCAACCGCAUCUGCGACGGGUGUCACAGGUGGUGCUGGUGUCAAGCCAGCCGCCUCUACCAGGCAGCAGCGUCGUAGGGCGAACACUGGCCGUAGUAAACGCGGGUACAAUCCUUUCGACGCGCAGACUCUAAACCCGGCAGAGGCCGAGGAGACGCUGAGGCUGACCCAGGGCACGUUGGUCCAGUUUCCGUAUGACUGGCUGGUUACGGAGGAGAAUAACGGGAAUUGGUUGUUCCAGGUUGAUCAAGUGGCGCCGUUGCAGAUUUAUAACUAAAUCUUUUAUUGUCCUGCUACUCAACGGUGGUGGACUUCCCAGCCGACAGCCGGAAUCCAACAAAAACAUAUAUGCUUCCUCCUCCUGUUCUCACAUACUCACCUACCGU